GGCUUUUACACUGUGAAUUAUGAAGUUAUCUAACUAGCUGAACCAUACACCCCAGUGUGUGACUUCUGUCAGUCCAAAGAGAGGGAUACAGGGAAAUGAGUCUCUAGUGACACAAGUAAAGCUGGAGAAGUCCUAGAUGGCUUACUUAUCCUCUAAAUGUUUCAGAAUUGUUUGCAACAGUCUUCUUCGUAAAAGGAGUCCUCGUUACCGUAACGGAAUCGUCGGACAAAUGAGGUGUUCACACACAGAUGAAGAUAGCACAGCUCUCUCUCCCAUGAAGAGGAGCAGGACGGAUGGGGUGACCGAAAAUGCACCAGUUGUGCUGAAGUUUGCAAAGUUAUCUGAGAAUGCCACGAUUCCAACCAAAGGAUCCUCUAGGGCUGCCGGUUACGAUCUUUACAGUGCCUAUGACUAUUCUGUUGGACCGAUGGACAAAGUCAUUGUGAAGACAGAUAUUCAGAUCGCCGUGCCAUCGGGAUGCUACGGUAGAGUUGCGCCUCGAUCGGGGUUGGCAGCAAAACAUUUCAUAGACGUUGGAGCUGGAGUAGUGGAUGAAGACUACAGAGGCAAUGUUGGAGUGGUCCUCUUCAACUUCAGCAAAGAGACAUUUGAAGUGAAAAAGGGAGACCGCGUGGCCCAGCUAAUCUGUGAGAAAAUCUGCUAUCCUGAACUGGUGCAAUUAGAGUCUCUGGAUGAAACGGAGCGCGGGGCGGGGGGAUUUGGCUCGACAGGACGCAACUGAGAGCGCGGCGCACAAAGCCAGAGAAUCUGUGUUCUUACAUGUGAUAUAUGAUAUGAGCCAGAGAAUCUGUGUUCUUACAUGUGAUAUAUGAUAUGAGCCAGAGAAUCUGUGUUCUUACAUGUGAUAUAUGAUAUGAGCCAGAGAAUCUGUGUUCUUACAUGUGAUAUAUGAUAUGAGUGAUAAUAAAGCUGG